AUGAAGAAAUUUACAGCUCCCUGGGUGACAUCCAACAUCUUGCAGGAGAUUGAAGCUUCCUUGAACAAACUGCUUAUCCAGCUGCUGCAGUUGUGCAGUGUUGAACAGUUUUAUCUUCUAAUGAAUCAGUUAAUAAUACAAGAUUUGGAAGUCACUAACAUUUGGGAAGGACAAGACAGGACUGUGCAGUCAGCUGUCACUUUACUCCAGCUGUUAAUACUUUGCCCAUUGAAAGAAGACAUAGAACGAAUGGUCUGGUGUUGCAUUCCCCAAGUUACCACUGCAUUAGUUAUGCUUAUUAGGGAGGCAUGCCAAGAUCAGUCACUUGUUUCCACUGUUACUGUGCCAGUUCUUCAAACAUUAGCAACUCUGGUGAAACAAGGGGAGGGCAUUAUCAGAAAUCCACAUCAUGUGACUCUCGUGUUUGGUGCUCUUCUAACUAUUCCUUUGGAGCAGCUGAAAACGGACAAGUACUAUACUGUCUUUCUGGCAUAUCAUGAAGUGCUGUUCUCUGUUCUUCAGUACCAUCCUAAGGUGAUGCUGAAGGCAGCCCCAUCUUUUCUUAACUGUUUUCACAGGCUGGUAGUUUCUAUAAUACAUGAAGGACAGCAGAAAGGAGAGCGAGCAAAAGGAAGUUCAUCAGACUUUAAAUUUGUCAUAAAGUGUGCACAGCUUGUAGAAAGGAUGUAUACUCACAUUGCUGCCAAGACAGAAGAAUUUACAAUAUUUUCAUCCUUCAUGGUGUCACAGUAUGUGAAUGAACUGCAAAAGGUCACUGUGCACCCGGAGGUGAAAAAGCACUUAACUGAGGGAAUAUACCACAUUCUUGAUCUAUGCAUUGACCGUGAUGUAAAGUUCCUAAAUACAUCGUUGCAGAUGGGUGUUCGCGAAGUCUUCAAGGAUCUGUAUGAGAGCUAUAACCAUUAUCACAAGACUAAAAAGCAAGGAGAAGAAAAAUAUACAAGCUAAUAUUGGUGUAAAAUGUCAACAGUGCUGAAAUGUCUAAGAAUGGCCGCCUGAAGUUACUUAAGAGACGGCACCUGCAAACUGCCAUGGAAGAAAAGUGCUGAUUAUCUUCUUCUGAAGAUUUAUGGUUGGUCAGUACCAUAAGGCAACUUAAGUGGAGAAAGUAGCAUAGCAUUCUUUGCCUUCUGAAGAUGAAAUCUAGUAUCAUUCGCCUGAGUAUAGUCCACUGUAUCUGGUGCUUAGUGAAAAUGAACACUGCCAUGCAAGGGGUAGAUUUUGAAUCCCACGGCUGUUUAUUUUCUGUAUUGAUCAAGCCAUCUUUAUUAGCUAUUGCUAAUAGUGAUCAAAUACCAGUCAUUAUGGCUGCUGCAUUGAUAUCCCCUUUAGCCUGCAUGGUCACUAGUCUUCCAUCAUAUACGUAGUGAAUCAUUGGUAGUGUUUUUCUUUUUUAGAAAGUCACCAUGCUUUUCAGUGCAUAAUUUAUUAUGUAGGGAUACAUGUAUGUGCACACUAUUUUCUCAUAGCCUCAGUACAAAAGCCAAGCUGUUCUUUUUAGUAUUAUUUACUGGCCUGCAGCUCUUUAGUCUGAAACUGCGUCACUGUUCUCAAAAGUGAAAGCAGAGUACUUUAGCAGUAGUCAACCCCAAGAGAGAGGUAUUAAGUUUAACACUGCCCAGCAAGUCUGGAUUUCAGCAUUGCAUGUAGAGGUGUUAUGCACUGUAAACAGAGGUCUUUUGUAUUUCAAAGAAUGUCUGUGCUGCAAAUACUACAGCGGUGUGAGAUGACAGAUGAGAUAGUCACAUAUACUACCCAGAGUUUACAGAACUGGUAAGAGUAGCAGUAGUGUGAUUGACUGAUUAUUACUAGACUUUAGAUAGGCUAGGUAAUUUGUUGCCUCAUCACCACAGAUUCCAGUACUUUCUCCCCCAUUCCUGGAUGGAUUUACAGUUACCCAUCCACUUCUCAAGGCUGUGUUUGAAGAGCUUUAGGAAGCUGCUCUGUGUAAUCUAUAUUUUUUUGAAACCUUUUCUAUUUGUUAGAUCUUUUGAAUGGGUAUUCAUGGUGUUAAAGGUUUUUGAAAUGUGUAGGAGGUCAAACAGGACUUCGUCAUUCGAAGCCUUGUUGGUAAGGCAGAGGUUACCCCUUAGGAGUCUGUGUAAGACAAAGCAUUCUCUUUUAUUCUCUUUUUUAAGGUGAUCUGUGUAGCUCACAGAAAUCAUAUCCUUGAUCCUCUUGGCGAGGAAGUGCUGGUGCUUUUCAGGAUGGAUCCUGUCUGGACAGUUACAUACCAAGGAGAGCAUUACAUUACAUUAUGUCCCUAAUAAGAGAGGAUUAGAGGAGGAUAAAACUUCCUUGGAUCUAGAAGGUAUACCUUUGACAAUAGCUGAGCUAGGUAGAAAUACUUUCUUAGAACAGACAUAUGGUGGUCAAAUAAGAUUUCCUUUACUACAAAUGUGCCCAGGUGACCGUAAUUAAAUUUUCGGUGAGGUAAAAACUGAGACUCGUGUAUUUAUAAUAUAGUACUCCUUUAGUGUAGCAGCUAAAAUGUUUGUAAAUCAGUAGUCUGAUGUAUCCAGUAAGUGCUGCAAAGUAAAAUUGGCAGAAGAAGCUGGGUACGUGGUGUUAGAGUUUAAAGCACCAUGUGUUAUAUUGCUAGAACAUAUCCGUGUGCUAUGACUUUUUCAGGAUAAAAGGUUGGUCUACUUAAAACAAAGAUGUAAUGUGUAUGAAUAAAUGCAUGUAUAGACUAACGGGGAAGUCGUGUCAACAGGAGAUGAAACAAAUGUGAAGCAUAAGCUUUAGUCUAAUGCCUAAUAAGAGAUGCUACAUGCACCUAGUAGUCUAACACUGAGCAUUUAUAUUAAGAACUAAGAAUUUUUAUUAGAUUCUCUUAGGAGUUGCACAGUCACAUGUCAUGCCUGAAGAAAAGAGAGAGGCAUUUGUGUGUCUGUGCUGUCUGCUUGUACUGUGGUACUGAUCGUGUGAAUGUGACAUCUCUUGUCACAGCAAUCUGCCCUUUUUGUGCUGGCACUUUGUGUACACAGGACUACAAGAGGUUGACAAAAGCUACAGACAAGGGGAACAGUGUGAUAGGUACAGGCAAGGAGAAGUAUGAUAUUAUAUGGGAUGGAGGAGUUUGUAUGCACUAGGUGGAAAGCGGGUUUUUGUCCUAUUCUGUAUCUAAGAAAAGCUUACGUUGAGCUGAUGACUUACAGUGGCAGAUACGUGUGAAGGAGAAUAAGAUUUUGUGGCCUAGUGUCGUAUAGAUACUUGACCGUGAAGCAGCUAAACCUUUACAAAUGAAUGCCAGUAGUGGUGUAGAUUUUAACAAUAAAUAUAUGUAUCAUCCUAAAAUAGUUGUAAUAUACAGAGGAAGGAUGCAGGAUGCUUAACACACUGUGGAUGUAUGCCACACAGCCAUAUAUAACUCCUAGAUGCCAGGGCAUUCUGUUUAAUACUUCCUCCAGUGGUAUGCUAUUUUGGGCCAGUAUGCUUGUUUAUGGUAUGUGGAGACUGCCUCCUAUAAUAGCUCUGGAUUGUGGAGUGUAAUCCUUUUCCCAGUAAACCUGCUCACAUUGGUCUGUACUGCUCCGUACCAUUGAUAGGGGAGUAGUACAGGGCACUGACUCCUAUAGCUGUAUCCACAUAGCUAUUCGCAUAGCCAAUGAGGUAGUAGGGAUCUUUGUAAGUGUGUGGUGUGCCACCUGAACCAGCAGUAUCUGUUCAUAGUGAUACAGCCAGUACAGCUUCCCGUGCAAUAUAAGGAUACACCUGCAGGCAUGUAGAUUAAGUACGAGUGGCUAAAGAGCUGUGGUAUCACUUCCUACAUUCAUAGACUCUUAGGCAUCCACAGUGUGUCACAUCAUAGUUAUGGGAUUCCUUGUACUACCCAGAAGGAAGGCCAAGCAGGCAGUCUUCAGUGCACACCUUUCCUCUUUGAACAUUCUGCAAGAGUAAUAACUUUACUUUACAGCUGUUUUACUAGUUUCACCAGUGAUACGAACAGGGUACUGAACUGCCCAGAUACUGACAUCUAGUACUACUGCAUAUGGGUUGCCCCACCCAUUGUCUGUAGUCACCUGAUGAAAAAAGCUGAUAUAUAUGCUGGUGUACAAAGAAAUAUACAGGAAAACAGAACAUGCAUUUAAAUAUUUAAAUGUAUAUUCUGCAGUCAUCCUAAAAUAUUACAUAGGUUCAUAGGUGUGUACUAGGCUAACCACCACUGGGGCAUUUUUAAGCCUAGCUUUGCAUCCCAAAUCCCUGAGACGUUGUGGUACCUUUGGUAAUGUAAGCUGUCCAAGUUGUAUUUGAAUUGGGUUAGGGAAGAGCUCUGCUUCACACUGGUGGAGAGCUUGUUCCAUAGAGGGGGUAGUCUGUGGAAUGAAUACCUCUGUCUGCACCUGGAAAGUCUCAUGCUGUUUGUUUUGUGGAUAUAUAGGAGAUCCAUCAGAUUGGGUUCCAAAGAUGCCUUGUAUGGCAGGCACAUCUCCCCUUCAACAGGAGACAGAAUACAGGGAUAAGACUUUGAUGCUGUGCAUAAGUCACAUUAUUUAUGUCAUGUAUCCUUUAGUGAGGAACACCAGACACCAGCUAUUUCUCUGUGUCAGACCUUCUUGGGAAGCAUUAGUGUCAGUGGAAGAUUGUAUGACUGUUUGUUUGUAAUUUCACCACAGGACGAGAGGCUUUAGCCACAUAAACAGACCUAGUAACAAAAAACAGCAAUGCAGUGACUGAAAGUAGGAACAAGCCAAAUAGAACCCAAAUGAGUGAAUGUAAAACGAAACUUGUAAUAUAGAAUCAAAAGAUAAAAAAAUAAAAAAACAAGUAUGGUUAAAUGCUUUUAUCCAAUAGUCUAAUUUCAUGGACUUCAUCAGGACAAGAACAGCCGUAUUUAGAAGGGUUUAAAUUGCAACAUGUAACCAAACAGCUAAACCCAUUUAAAGGUACAGGACUUUAGCUAAGUCAGUAGUAAAUAUAUACAUCAAAUUAAAAUGCAUGGUAAAAUUAAACAUUAAUAAUAAAAAUUUAAUUUCAAUCAAAAGACAGUUUAUAUGUAUAAAAAUUAAAACUUGUAUAUAUGUAGUAAGCAGUGCCUUAAACUUAAAAAAAAUGCUGAAGACAAUUGGUGAAUGUUUAAAAAGUAUUUACAAAAUUCACCAUUGCACAAUAAUGCUUUAAAGAAAAGAAAUUGGGAAGAUAAGACAGUGGUGAAAUGGGGAGCAAGCAGGGGGAAGAACAAAGUCAAAGAAGGGCAGAAAUAUGCAGGGUGGAGGUAGGAAAGAAUCAUAGCUAUUCAACAGUAAAAAAAAUUAUCAUAUAU